AUGGGAGCAAAAGCCAGAGCAGGGGCUCAAAACGGGCACCGGGGCCGUUUCACACACAUCUUGGCAACUUUCCCUGCAGAGGUCCUGGUCCCAGUUGAAGAAAAGUCUCCGGAGCAGAAGCCACAACCAGCCAAGAGCAUUUGGUCCCUGAAGGAAUGCCCAGAGGUGCCAAUGAUGCAGGCCUGCGUCUGUCAGGUGGAUUACCAGAUCUGCCAACCCCUCCAGCUCUCUGCCAGGCUGAACGGAUCGGUCACUCUGCCCUGCCGCUUCACCCACCGCCCAGGCUGGGUGGAACCGAAAGCUGCCCAGGUCCACUGGCGCUUGGGGAGCUUCCAUUCCAUGCGCUACUUGUUCAACUGCUGCAUGAGUCGUUCACACACUGACCCUGAGUUCGAGGGACGGGUCUCCCUGGCUAGGGAGGAGGGACAGCCGUACACAGCCGCAAUCCGCAUCACCGACCUCAGGGAGGCCGACUCCGGGCUUUACUUCUGCCGUGUCUCUGUGGGUGGAAAGGCAUGGCAAACCAUCAACGGGACCAACCUGACGGUCAUAGCAGCCCCGCAGCAACCGGAGGGAGGCAACACCACACCGUUGCCCCAGGGCUUCCUCGCAGGGGUGUCAACGGGGGCGGUCCUGCUUGCAGCUGCCAUCAUUCUGGGCCUGGCAAUGCUCCUUCUCACCUGGAGAAAAGGACACUGCCAAAAGAGAACUCCGUCCAGGAGAAUUGCCAGCGGGGGGCAGGAGGAGAAAGAGGCCGGAUGCCAGGAACUCCACUGCAGAGGAGCCAGAGGCCCCCCUCUGGAGGAGCCACCCUCCCAGCCUCCCCCCGUCCACCCCCGGGCCCCCGGGGAGCCGGGCCUGGUUUAUGCCACCUUGAGGCUGCACCACACCCCAGGCAAGCUGGGAGGGAGCGCAGCGGAAGAGACCACCUACGCAGCCGUCCGGGGCUGA